CACUGAAUAAACACUUAAGAUAUGUCAAAUGGUAUGAGAAGUUUAAAAAAAGGGAUUGAUGCGAGUGCGAAGUGACGUUCCACGUUUCGCAGGGAAUCUCGCGACUCGUUAUCUGUAAUAAAUGAUGAUAGGUAACUGAAUUAUGCCCAGAAAAGAGAACACCAAAGCCAAAACAUGGGAGCGAGACAGAAGAAAGCGUAUGAAUCAGUACUUCAAAACAUUGGCAGAUCUUUUGCCUCCACUGUCGGAAGGCCGAAAGCGGAACAAAGUUGACAUAUUGAUUCAUGCUUCGAAGUACAUAAAAGAUCUCCACAGCCGGGCUGACGAGCUAUUCUGCGCUCAUGCUUCUGAAGCACACAAAGAGGAACUAGCUCGAUUAAAGAAGCUCAUCACGCAACUCUUUUCGAGAACCCACCUACUGUCCUCUCUUUUGAAGGAAGCCGGCAUCUCUAUACCUGCUGAGCCAGCACUAGAAAAAAUCUCUCCCUUAAAAUGGUCUAACAAGAUUAAUGUGGAAGACGGAGAAAUGUUCUUUGCAAAAAUUGCUCAGAGAAAAAAGAAAUGCAAAAAGAAGAGGGAAAAGGCAGCAGGGAUUAAAGUGCCUUCGAAGAGAAAAUCAGGAAGUUCGCCUCAACUUCCUCUAAAAAAGCUAGCUGAGGAUUAUGUUUCACCAAAGGAUGUCGAUGGUUUGACCGAGAACCAGGAAAAUCGUGUAAAUAGCAUAACCCGAGAAAAUAUUUCCGAAGACAGUGCCGUAACAUCAAGCUUUGUACCAAAGACGGAUUGUGAAGACACCAUUCCGCUGAUACAGAAGUUGGAUUCGCAUAAAAAGGUAAAGAGGAAAAACGAGAGGAGCAUAAAAGGUAAAACUGUGUCAAGAGUAGCGAAUGGAUCGAUAACAAAUUUGCAUCCAGGUACGCUGAUUUUAUCUGGUAACAAGUUAAUGCCCAUUGUUACACCGAUCACACCUCUGACGUCAAACAUAAUAGUAAAUGCGCAGCAACAAACAGCGAGUCCUAUUAUUUUAAGUAGCGGUCAGCAAAAUCAAAUGAUAGUAAUGCAACCUCUGUCGAAUAACGUCCAAAGUGGAGUUGUACCGGUUUGCAGUCAAACUUUAAUUAAUACCAUGCAAAAAGUCUCAUUGAAUACAGUGCCCAGUAUUAGAACAAAUGUCGUGUUAAAUUCGAAAGAUUGGGUAGCUAACGUUAAAGAUAUUAUUGAUGCUACAAAAAUUGGAAGACACAAGGGAAUACUGCCAAAGGGUAAGGAAGUUACAAAGACAACAAUGACCUACAAGGUUCCAAUCCCUGCAGUUCAUAAAGAAAAGGAUAAACCGAAGGAAACUACUACUCGAAAAGAGACAGAAACAAAAACCAAAGCAAAAUGUCCUGGAAAAGUCAUAGGAAAGUCUUGCUCAACAAAGAAGAACAUCGAAGAAAAGAACGAACCAGAUAGUAGCAGCGAAGCUUCUCCUGAAAUUAAUACUUCACAUAAGACAGCUGUUAAGCGGGGCUCCAGUAUUAAAACUGGGAACAAUGAAGAACCAAAAGACAAAAAGAGAAAACGUGACGCUGAUAUUAAUAAUAAAGAUACACAGUCUGAAAGCAACUCGCAAGCGAAGCCUUCAGAUUUCUCAGCAACUUGCGAGUCCAUUGAAAGCUUGAGACACGUGGUAGAAAAAAUCGGCGAUGAUAUAACAAAUGUACAGAAUGAAAAUUUUCCCCCAGAAAAUGCAAAGGAAAAACAAGUUGAAAAAGGAUUAAUAAUUGAUUCUAAGGCAAAAAGUGAAAAGGAUAAUUCCAAUUCCACACCUUCGAUGGAUACUUGUAAACCAAGUUCUUCAUCUGGAGCCGAUAAGGAAAAUGAUCUACCAAAAAUUUCCAGUCCAGACCAGCCGAGUGAAAAAGUGGCCGAGACUUCAGAAAUACUAGAAUCAAUUUCUACAUCUUCGCCAGUUUCAGAACUGGAUUCAGCCAAAGUAGUGGAACCGAAGAACAUCAUCGAAGGACCAAAGGAAAACGAUUUGGCGUUUCAAACUCAGAAUCCCGAGAAAAACACUGAUGUCGAAUCAGAAACUACGAAGUGUGAUUCGAUACCAACAGAAGUAUUGGAAAAAACUGAAGCAGUUCCAGAGAACACUAAAGAAGUCUCCCUGGGUGCGACUCAUUUCGAAGGCUUACUAGAAACGAGCAAAAAAGAAAAUAUCGACGGUGUAACCACUAUGGAAAAUAAUAAAGUGAUCUUGAAUCUGGAUACAAACACCACGACGACAGUCAAAUCUGACACACGCUCCACUAGUGGGCCAACUCUGCCUUCCGUACUCUCCGAAGAGGGAAUUGGUGGCCCAACCUUGGAAAAUCCUCCAAAGGACGAGAGCGAAGGACUAAAACGUCUAUCCUACAGUGCAGACAACAGCUUUGUUCCUAUAAACAAUCGAGCUGAAGCCCUUCACUCAGAUCUUUCUAACGAUAUCUUUGCUUCGCUCCAGGUACCCUCUAGUUCGCACAACCCUGAAUCCAUAUCUCCAACUGCUGCUUUCCUGAUGGCCUUCCCAUUAGUGUCUUCAUUGAAUGGCAAGACCGAAGUGCUGGAAGAGGACAUGAAAGAGGAUUUCAAGUACCACAGUCAGACCCCUCCGAUGCUGCUUCAAAUUGGAGCCAUGGAACCGAACAGCUUCAAGAUGAAAUCAAUUCCCCCUGGUCCAUCUCAGAGUGAUCUGGUCACUGGUAAAGACAGCGAAGAAAGAAAACCACCCCCUCAAAUGUCUCCUGCGGAGAAGUAUCUGAAAAUAGGCAAUGUGUUGGAAACUACCGAACAGAUAACAUCCAGUGCGAAGACCAUCAGAGUAGAAGCAAAAGCAGUUCGAAGCGUCUCAUCUGCGACAGAGCCUGUAAAAGCUCUGCCUAAAAUCCUCACCGAAGAGUCUGUGAAGGGAUCCUACAAGAUAGUCCAAGCCCCUGUCCCAUCGACUCUGGAAACCACCUUGGAGAUGAGCAACUCCUUCGCUUCAACCUAUGCAUCGACUUACCCAAACAAUGUCUCUACAGUGAGCAUUGCAAACAGUUCUAGUCAAAACCAGACUGUAACGGCAGUCCUCAGUUCUUCAGUGGGUACCAGUGUAGACGAAAGUAUCAUUCAGAUAAGAUAUGACAACCAAGUGAACCGCAGUGAAGCCAUCUCAAAAUAUACCGUACGUCCAACGAUGUCUCAACUGACUGAAGUUUCUGAUUCCACUGCAACCAAUGCAGGGAAGUACGAUGCAACUUCUAGAUACACCGGAGCCCAGCUUUUGUACGGCAAUGAAGGAGUCAACUCAGCCACAUCGGUGUACACUGGUUCCUCCGAAGCCAGAGUUCCUCCGACAGGGUCUAACACUUCCAUGGCAGUGGCUUCCCAGGCAUCGAUGUCUUCCCAAGAGAUCCUCCAAAAUCAGAGAUCAAAGUCUGAUUCUUCCCAGCGAGGAUACUCUAACCAGAGAACCAGUGACGACUCCCACCCUCCCAGCAGAAUCCAGACCAGUUAUAUUCCUCGGAACGAAGUCUCCCUCGUCCCCAGCUCCGAGGCUCUGCGUCAAAGGUAUCUUGUGCAGAACGAAGAAUCGGUUCCCCAGCAGACUCUCAGACAUCAAGUAUCAGGCUACCAAACCCAGCUCCCAGAAUCUUCGCUUCCCGUCUCUUCCCAACACACCCAGCACGCAUACGUGCCCCACAGCACUCCUUCCCUUCCCAAGGAUUCCUCUGGCCUCCCAGUCCUCUGUCCUCAGAAUUCCCAGCGGAGCUAUCAGAGCAAGGAAGUCACAGUUUCCUCGGAGCAAGUCCCCCACAGAAAUCAGCACAGGAACUUCGUCUCGUCCAGGGGGCUGAAGGAGAAUCCUGGUUCCCAGGAUCCUCACAGAGGAUACUCCACGCAGGGGAAGGAAUCUCUCCCAGCAGUAUCCCAGAGUCUUCGCCAAGUCUAUCCUGUACGCAGCAAGGAAGGGAAUUCUCAAAGUUUACACCAUGGGUACCAGAGUCAAGGAAAGGACGUCGGUCCCAGCUCCUCUCAGAGCCUGCAGAGGACCUAUCCCUCGACGACUGAGGAUUCUAGGGUUCCGGUAAACGACCAGACUGCCAAACUCCCAGAUGGUCUUCACCCCAAGGCACAAGACCACCGACAGGAGAGCUACUCGAAGAAGGUCGACGCCGAACAAAGCUUCGCCCAGACGUUCUCCGUCUAUGGGAAAGAAUCCGCUGGGAGUCAGACCACGAGUCAAGGGGUCGGUGUCGUGGAGUCUGAGAUCGAGCAGAACAUCUACCAGGAUAAGCAUCAGGAUCAGAGCUACGUUCGGUACGGCAAGGAACAGAAGAAAAUCCCCAGCAGCUCGGCCACCUCGACCCUGGCGAAGCCUCUCCAGGAGGCAUCCUCUCAGCAGUACACCCAGCAACAGCUGAUCGCUACCUCGAACUUCGAGCAGAGCACCGUGACCGAGAACAACACGAAGUCGACGACCACGGUCGCCCACAACUCGUCCAAUUUCAGCAUUUUAUCCUGGACGACAUUCUCUCCUGCUGGGAACAACAAUCUGGCGCACUUCGAGCAGGCCUCCUCCUCCCAGAACGACGGCGCCGAGAACAAGACCAUUUGCGAGAACUUCAAUUACGUGCCCCUGCACAAGGAGAACGUGACCUACUCCAACAUGCUCCCAGACACCUUCCACGGAGAUCCCGGCAUCGUCCAGGACAAGUCCAGGAAAUUGGUCCAGGAGUCUCAGAAGCAGGCCUACGUGGACCCCACCAAGUCUCGCAGCGUCCGUCCUGGGAUUGGUAAACAGAACCAGACGCAGAAUCCAGCCGAGGAGUACAAGUUCGGCGAUGGGAAAGCCAAGGCCAAGUACGGCAUGAACGGUGAGUACUUGCAGAACGACUACAUGGACCAGCAUCAACCACACGAGUCGAAGAACCACCAGAGCCUUGCUGGGAAGCAGGAGAAGUCGAGCUACCAGAUGCCAGGCUACGAUCCGCAGGUGAACUUCAAUCUGUCGGAAGCUAACCCUCAGGCGAAGUACCCCGAUACAUACUCAACUGGGAACUUCAAGUACACCGAGAACAAGUCUCAGCAUAAGUACCAAGGUCUACCUCAGAGCCAGGCACCAGCUUUGCUGCACUCCAACGCGCAGUACAACAACGCUGGGAACAAGCACAACCACCAGAAUAAGUCCCAGCAGUCGAAGACCCAGCACCAGCAUCAACAUCAACAGCAGCAGCAGCAGCAACAACAACAGCAACAACAGCAACACGCCAUAAGACCGCCGGUUAACUGGAUGAUGACUCCUGAGAUCAAGCACAACAACAUCCCUGACAUCAUCCUGCCUCCCAUAGGAAAGGAGCUGGAGUUCUGCCAGAACAACCUCUUCGGCCAAACCCCGGCAUACAACCAGAGCACCCCUAACCAGUUCUACAAUAAUUAUGACGUAACCGCUCAUGGUUUUCCUAACAUUGCUGGAUUGCAGGGCGAGGCGAAGAGGACCGUCGACGCCUUCUACGCAGAAGAGCAGCCAUUUAGUUGGUCCCCGACCAAGAACAGUCAUGGAUUGGACCAGAACCAGGCGAAGUCGGUCGACCAGCACGUGGUGCCGUCGACGUUGCCCACCCUGGUGGGAGAUCUAGCGCUGGGGACGAAUAUCCCAGAGAAGCAGAACUUCCUGUUCGGCCAGAUGCCUCCAAGGAGCAGCAACGAGCACCCCAAGGAUGCUGGGAAGGAGAAGGAGGCGAAUCGCGACUUCCAUGGUAUGUUGAACACUCAGAACGUCCAGCACGCGGUCCAGGGCUCGAGUUUCCUCUCGGUCAGCCAGCUGGUGGAGCACGAGAAGGCUGAGAAGUCCCAGCAGGUGAGGAAGCACCAGAGGAAGGGCAACGCCAGCCCCAGGGGAGGGAACGGCAAGCGACAGAUGGAGACCAGGAAACAGGCUAAUGCUGGGGAUCAGUUGCAUCGACACGAGGAACAGAGACCUACUGGGAACCAGCACUUCCCAGACCAGGGCUACCAACAGGCGAAGUACCAGCAGAACGAGGUGCACUGGAGGAACCGGAACUGCAAGAGCAACUAUACCGCCGAGGCGCUUAUAGGCACCAACUCCAACGUCCAGGAGGAUAAUCAACAGGACAAGCACCCUUCUAUCAAGUUCCCAGGGAACUACUCGCAGAACAAGUUCCCAGGGGGCCUGGGGCACGCCGACCCCUCCGUGAUGUCUAUCAAUUGCUUCCCUAAUGCCGACGAUGGGAGUGGAUACGGCCAGGUCAACCAGAACUUCAACCACUCCUAUGCUUAUUCCUCCAAUGCCAACAUUUAUCCCACCACUAAUUUUAUUACCAGCAUAUCCAACACUCCCAGCAGCUACAUGAUGCCUCUACAUGAGAACCCGGACUACCUGGAGGCCAACUCUUUCUUGCUGUCCAACGUCUCUGCCGUGAAUCCACCCACGAAUGGUAACGCCAACGGUACCAAGAACCAGCAUUACACCGUAGGGAAGCACCAGAAUUGCGAGAAGCGAUACUCGUCGGCCCCGAAGAAGAGCAAGCGGAAAGCUGACGGCAUGAUGCAGAAUUUGGAGUUCCCCAUCGCAGGGAUCAACUCGCCCCUUGAGGACUAUCACCACCCAGCUGGCUCGACGUUCCUGCCACAUGCCAAUGCUUUGUACCAGAACUGUCAGAGUAAUAUCUACCCCAAGACCAUGAAUGGGAACCUUCCGGGUCUUCCCGUUGGACAGAACAUAGCUAAUCCUAAUGUUCCCGUGCGUGGCGUCACCGCUGCCAGCAGUCCCAUGGUCAUGGGACACCAUCCCUCCGGGACUAGUCUCACCAACUUCAACCUCAGCACCAUUUUCCCGGAGAUCAACGACAAGGUUACGGGGUACAAGCCGCCCAAUGGUAUUCCCACGGGACUCCCACACUCUUCCAGCCAUGGACCCACCAGCUACGUCCAGAGGUCCAACUAUACCAGCAAUCCUCUCAGCCAGCCGCCUCAGGUGUCGGAGAAUGGCCAGUUUCCAGGAAACGUGCCUCCUCCACCACCGCCUCCUCCGCCGUCCAGCGUCGUCCACUACAAGAACGCCUGACGUCCAGGGUGCGGAAGGACCCUGACCUUCGCCAACGUCGGCAAUCGCGAAGCCGAGUCGCGUCCUCGUCGACGUGGACCUCAAAGUGACCUGUACAAAUGUAUAUAAGGAGUUCCUGGACUCCGACAUCGCUCUGCCUUCGCGGCGACUUUAAAAGUAAACGAGAGUGAACGAAAA